AACAUGAUUUGUGAUGAAUUAGGGCUUUAAUAUUUUUUUUAGUUGUUAUUAUUCAAUCUUAUUUUAUAACUCCACUCGUUUUUGUUACGUAAUUUAAUACGAAUCAACUUAAUAUCAACAAUUUCUGAUCAACCUUGAACAGAUACAAUUAGUAGAUAUAACCAUUCGUAAAGUGAGAUGCAUAGUUAAACGUUCGAAGAUUGAUGAAUUAGUGACAUGUAUUUGUUGAAUUGUAGCUUAUAAGAAGAAGAAAAAAAUAUGGAGGCACCUAAAAUUGAAAAGUUGGAAGAGCUUAUUCUCAAACACUUGGACGUAAACAAGAAGAUAAUAGAUACGAAAAUUAGUAGAUUAACGGCACCUGGCGAAAACUUUGGAAGUGAAAUGUUAAAAGUUGACCUUCGACUUAAAAACAAAGAAGGUAUAGAAGACGAUUUGAGUGUUGUAGCAAAACUUAUACCUGAAAAUGAAUUUGCGCGAGUAAUUUUUAAUGUACAAGUCUCCUUUAACAUGGAAAAAGAAUUUUAUAAUACUGUUGUUCCGACACUACAACAGUUUCAACGUAACCAAGGAAUUUUCGAUGUUGUUGAUUUCUUCCCUAAUUUUUACGGCGCUAGAAAUAAUCUUAAAGAGGGAUCGGAUGUUGUCGAUGAAAACGCCGUUAUCAUUUUGGAAAAUUUAAAAGUAAAAGGUUACGAAAAUGUGCAACGAAACACCGGAUUCGAUCUCCCGACGGCGAAAUUAAUUUUAAAACAUUUAGCGCAAUUUCAUGCUGUUCCGAUAGCGUUGAAACAAAAAAGUCCUGAAAUAUUCGAAAAUAAAGUGAAGGCUUUUAUGGCAUGUAUGCAUCCCCCCGCACAACGUCCACCAGUCGAACACAUAUUGCAAAUUAUCUUUAAUAUUUUACGAGAAUCCGAUUCAUGUAGACAUCUCGUACAAAAAAUGGAAAAGUCCGCGGAGAAAUUCGGCAAACCGUGCGAUGAAUUUAAAGAACCUUUCGCUACAUUAAGUCAUAAGGAUUUGUGGGUUAAUAAUAUUAUGAUUAAAUUCAAUAAUAGAUCGCAACCUGUAGCUUGCAAAUUUCUCGAUUUUCAAGUUUAUACUUACGAUUCCCCCGCGGCAGAUUUAUUUUUCUUCUUAUUCUCGAGCAUUCAAAUGGACGUUUUGAAAGAAAACUUGGAAAACUUAUUGAAAUACUAUCACCAACAUUUUCAAGAUACUCUGAAAUCUCUAAAUUGCGAUCUUAAUUUUUCUUACGGAAAAUUAUUAGAAGAAAUGUCUUUUAGUUCGAAAUGGGAACUUUCCCAUACCGCUUUUAUGUAUAUGGUAAUAAUAAAUGGUCCAAAAGGCGGUUUUCCAAUGCCCAAAGAUAAGGAAAGUGCCUCUGAUUUACCAAUCGUCAUUGAACAAACUACCAAAGAUAGAAUAAGAUGGAUAUGCGAGGAAUGCGAACGAAGAGGUUGGCUCAAUUUUUUUGUGUCGGAAAUCGUGUAUAUUAACAAAUACAAAAUGACGGUACCUAAAAUAGAAAAACUGAACGAAUUGUUAAUUUCGUAUUUGGGAAAUGGCAAAGCGAUACUGGACACUAAAAUCACCCGACUCACAGCACCGGGAGAAAAUUUCGGUAGCGAAAUUCUGGAAGUGGAAGUUAUUAUAAAAGAGGAAGUUAAGGAGGUAGAAAAAAUAAAUGUCGUCGUUAAACUUAUUCCCGAAAGUGAAUUCGCGAGAACGGUUAUUAUGAAUGCGGCCGUUUCCUUUAAAGUCGAAAAAGGAUUUUAUGAUAGCGUUAUACCGACACUGCAAGCUUUCCAAAGAAAUGAAGGACUCGAAACGGUUAUCGAUUGUUUUCCACAAUUUUACUGCGCUAGAAAUAACUUGCGAAAUGAAUGCGAUAUUGUCGAUGCCGACGCUGUACUGGUAUUGGAAAAUUUAAAAGUAAAAGGUUACAAAAACGUUUGUAGGAACGUGGGAUUCGAUCUUCCGACCGCAAAAUUAAUUUUGAAAUAUUUGGCCCAAUUCCACGCAGUACCGAUAGCGUUAAAACGAAAAGAUCCAAAAACGUUCGAAAAUAAUAUUAAGGCGUAUACGCUAGUCUCGUUUCCACCACCGCCACGUCCUCCAAUCGACCAAUUUAUGCAACUUAUCUACAUGAUAAUGAGAGAAUCGGAUAAAUGUAAAUAUCUCGUACCUAAAAUGCGGAAAUCGGCUUCGAAAUAUCGUACUCCGCGAACAAAUUUAAGGGAACCGUUUACCACAUUAAGUCAUCAAGAUUUUUGGAUUAAUAAUAUCAUGGUCAAGUUCGAUUGCGACAAUCGUCCAGUCGCUUGCAAGUUUCUCGAUUUUCAAAUUUGUAAUUACGAUUCUCCAGCCGCGGAUUUAUUCUUCUUUCUAUUUACGAGCGUUCGAAUGGACGUUUUGAAAAAUAAUUUGAAUAAUUUGAUAAAAUACUAUUUACUUCAAUUUCAAAAAACUUUAGAAAGUCUUAAUUGCGAUUUGAAAUUUACUUACGAGAAUUUAUUGGAAGAAAUAUCGUCGAUCACCGAAUGGGAACUAGCUCAUACUAUUUUUAUGUACGCCAUGAUAAUAAAUAGCCCAAAAGGCGGUUAUCCUUUACCUAACGAUAAAAACAAAGAUUUAAAAUUGACGGAAAUACCGAUUCCAGACACCACCAAAGAAAGGAUAUGGUGGAUAUGCGAGGAAUGCGAAAAAAGGGGCUGGCUUCAUUUUUAAAAUUUAAAUUUAAUAAUUGGAUAUGGUAUUUAAAUCAAUAUGUAAAAUAAAUGACGAAAUAACAA